AUGAAGCCUGCCUCGAUUCUGCUGGCAGCAAACACAAUUGCUGGUGCAAUGUGCAAAGUGCUCGUCGGGUACGCUCCAUCGUGGAAGGAUAUUAGCGACGUAGAUUUGGCUAAAUACACACAUGUAAAUCUGGCCUACGGCACACCCCAGGCGAAUGGCACCAUUGUGUUUGAAUCAAGCUACUCUCUCGCCGAUUGUGUUCCAAGGAUUCACCAGGCUGGAGCAAAGGCGCUCUUGUCCGUUGGCGGUUGGACGGGAGAACGCUACAUGUCAGAUAUAUUGAUGUCACCAUACGACCGGAAUGAGCUGGUCAAAAGCACAGUGAGCCUGGUCACAUCAAACAACCUCGAUGGAGUCGAAAUCGCGUGGGCAUACCCAGGGAAGGCAAACAACAAAUGCGACAAGUUUGACAUUGCCAAUGACGCCAGCAACCUUUUAGAGUUUCUAAAACAACUGAGAGCUGAGCUGACGCGGUCAUCCUCCGGCCAACCAAAGCUGAUCACAAUGUCGGUUGGUGUUAUACCCUUCCAAGGACCAGGCGGGCCACUCAAAGAUGUCUCUGCAUUUGCACCGCUCAUUGAUCUGUUGUCGGUGAUUGCAUACGACAUCAACGGUCCCUGGCUGCCAACAACCGGGCCGAACUCACCACUCAAGAACGAGGCUGGCAGAGGUGCUCCCUACUCGUUUUCUUCGGCGAUCGACAGCUGGACUGCUGCAGAGUUCCCGGCUGAAAAGCUUGUUGCUGGCAUCGGCCUUUUUGGCAGAUCUUCCACGGCGAGUCAAGACAUGACCAGGGAUUCCACGAAUCAGUAUCAGCCCCAGUUGAGCAAGAUUCCGCGAGGGGAUAAAGACGAUGGGCUGUGGGAAGACAAGUGCUCUGGAAAGCCAGCUAGCUUUUCGGGCAUCUGGUCAUACAAGAGCCUGCGCGAGCAAGGCGUGCUGAAGGCCCCUGAUGCAGCAAGUAACGGGUGGAACCGAUAUUGGGACGAUAGAGCACAGGUUCCAUGGCUAUUCAGCACUACAACAAAUGUGUUCAUAUCAUACGACGACAUGAAAAGUGUUGCUGCCAAAGUCUCUCUAGCUGUAGCUAAGGGACUUGGUGGCAUUAUGGUCUGGGACAUUACUAUGGAUUACCAGGAUGAGCUUAUCGGCGAGAUCCGCAAGGGUGUGGGCCUCAAGCCGCUGGCGCGCAUGGGACCAGUCCUAUCACAGGCCAUUGCCAUUCCACAACUGCAUGUUGAUACAUUCGUCUGGCCUGCCGGUCCAACUCAAUCAGCAGCACCUGCGACCAACACACCACCACAAGGCGGCGGCAAUGGGGGCAAUAGCAACAACAGCAGCGGCAGCAACGGCAGCAGACCAACUAUUGGAGGUCAGUGUGGUCCCAAUGUGAACUAUAGGUGCAUGAGCGAUAAUCACAAGAGCCAGGAGUUUGCCACCUGUGCAGGCGGUACCUGGGUUUUGCAGCAGUGUGGAACUGGAACUGCCUGUGUCCAGAACGGGGCCAGCGUUUAUUGCGACUACUACAAGUAAACAAUAGCCAUACUUGCCAGCUACACAUGUUUUCUGCCAGUUGGUGCCGGUCAAUAAACUGCAGCAAUUGUGGCCAUCCCUUCAGCAGAAGCAUGAUCUAAUUCACUGUGCAGAGCAUCAAAGCGAGUUGUCAUGUGCUCCCUUUUUAAUAUUCGACGAAUAGCCCAGCCCAUCACGCUCAACUCAGCACUCCGUUCCAAUGUGACCUUUCUGCAUUUGGUGCUGGUUUUUAUA